UGCUGCUUGUCCUGCGUCAGUCCGCAGACGACCGUCGUCGUGUUCUGUGUGUGUGCUCGUGCCAGAGAGAGAGAGAGAGAGAGAGAAAGAGAUAGAAAGAGAGAGAAAGAAAAAAGAUUAUGCGAGUGCAGACUGACGCCAACGCUUUAGCAUAGUGUGUAUCUAGUGCAAAAAUUUGAGCGAAUUGUGUGUUUUUAUUUGUUAUCUAUUGUUAGAUUAGACAACGAGAGAAGAAAAAGGCACGACGAAAUCCUCCAAGGAAGAGUGCACGCAAGUAUAUAUCUCUAUAAGGAUGCCAAGGACUUGAUGUGACGAUUUCUUCCAUUCGCGUUGGCGGCUGAUUGCUCGCCAAACGUAGCAUUCCGUUGUUGAUUUUGUUUUUUGUUUUUGUAAAUUUUUCGGCUAAUCGGCGCGCAAAAACAGAGGAAGAAAGCAAGUGAAAGGAACGUGGCGGACAAAGGGGGUAGGGGGGAGAAAACAUUCGGUCGCGUGGAUGGUUCGCAUGAAUAUGGCUUUUAUGAUGAAGAAGAAGAAGUAUAAAUUCUCGGUGGAGGUCAGCUUAGAGGAGCUAACUGCGGUGCCUUUCGUCAGCGCCAUUCUGUUCGCCAAACUCAGGCUACUCGACGGUGGCUCGUUCGUCGACAAUUCUACGAGGGAGGAGGUGCAAGAACACACAGUCAGAUGGAACGCGAGCUUCAAGUUCAUCUGUAAAAUGAGUGCCAAUGCGUCUACCGGCGUGUUAGACCCUUGUAUAUUAAGAAUAUCCGUGAGGAAGGAAUCGAAGGGAGGCAGGUCCUUCCAGAAGCUCGGCUUCAUCGACCUCAAUCUGGCUGAAUUCGCCGGCGCAGGUCUUUGCCGUAGGCGAUGCCUUCUCGAGGGCUACGACGCACGACACCGACAAGACAAUUCCAUGCUGAGGGUGGCCAUCAAGAUGAACAUGCUGUCCGGCGACAUCCUCUUCAAAGUACCUUCGCCGUCGCUGAAGCAAACGCAGCUCGCAGUGCCAGGUGUCCCGGGCGUGGUGCCGGUGGAAACGGUGGACGAGGGCACGACAACGGCCGAGCGUGGCGUUGGCAAUCGCGAGGAUUACGUGUCGACGGGUUCUCUCGCCGGUAGUAUCGCCAGUACCAGUAGCGGCUUCGGCAGUCUUCCCAAGAAGAGGCCGGCACUCUUCACCUCCGAACUGUUGAGCGGCACGGACAUGUACGAGCCAAUGACGUUGAGCGAGGUAGUUCCGUCGUCGAUGCCGGUAGUAGUGGAUCCGCUGAACGAGGUGCACGCCACGGAGUCCGGCCACUCGCGCAACAACAGCAACACCAGCCAGCUGAGCAAAGGCUCGGGCUACGGCUCGCUCAACUCGCACAGCCAGCACAGCCGGCAGAGCAGCAGCGGCGACAGCGGCCACAUCAGGUCUCCCUCGUGGCCGGUCUGGGCACCACGCCUGCCGAGCCACUCGCACGGCAGCGCCAGCACCCGCAGCGGCGGCCGCCACGCGGCUGGCCACAACGGCAGCGGCGACCACGGCGGCAACGACGUCGACCACGACGACCACGACGACCACGACGACCACGGGCACGGCGACGCACGCCACCUCGGACUCGAAACGUCCGGCGACCAUUUGCCGAUAUCCCCGCCGUCGCCGUUAACCCUUGUCGUGCCCCGUCUGCGGCUCUGCUCGUCCCCGGCCGCCUCGACGCCGCUGUCGAGCGCGCGAAAGCGGAACGGCGGCGCCCUGUGCGACGAGUUCAAGUUUCGCGUGCCCGACAAGCCGGCCGGGCGUCCGCGCGUCGGGCAGCCGUCGUGGCGCGCCGCCUCGCAAACGUGCGACUGCAUCGAGGCCGGCCGACGCAGUCCGGUGCUGAGGCUGGCCGAGCAGGCCCGUGCGGUCUCCUCGCCCGAUCCCCUGCACAGGCCCGACGCCGUUCGGGCGUCCUUCAUUGCUGCCGUGAGCGCCGCUCGGAACGCAAGGGCCAUCGGCGUCGUCGGCCAUCGCAAGCUGCUGGAAGGUGCGACUCACGGCGGUAAACUUGCCACAGUCACCAUCAGUCCCGACUCCGAGGAGUCCUCGUCGCUCACCUUGCCCUGCGAACUGCAGCAUCGCAACAGCACUAGUCCACCGAACCCAAGUGGAGGUUCGGGUCUGAGCGAAACGGGCUCGCUGGAUCGAGCGAAAGCUGCGUUGGAGCGCAGGAAAAAGGCCGAGGAUGGCGCAGCGAAUCCAGCUUUGUGCAGGGUCGAGGUCACUAGGCCGAAUCCCGACUCGCUUAUCGACGAACUCAUCAAGGCGACUAACCUAGAGGAGUCGGUUCUCGAAACCACCGAGUCGACGGGUCUGCAAUUGUUCAUCGGCAAAGACGGCACGACGGCAUUGGGCCUUCAAGACGUCAAGUCACAGAUCCCCGGCAUAGCGUUCAAGCAGGUGGUGAUGGAGGAAAACAGCAGGUAACAGGAGGCGGUGUUGGGCCGACGUAAUCAUCGGCUGCACGUGACCACUGCAGCGGCAGCGGCAAAUGGCAACGGCAAUCUUGCCGGAUGCUUUGGACUUGCUCUUGUACCCGAACUCGCUUGCGACGACGACGCCACAGCCGCACGCCUGUGAUCCUGCAUUUAUACACCUAACCUCCUGUUUCUUCUACGACGAUGACGACGACGUCGUAGAAGACGAUGUGAUCUUUUACCGCUAGAAACGGCUGCUGAUGCUUUUUUUUUCGCGAAUUGCAUCACAUAAGAACGGCAUGUGUGCACGAUCUUUCUUUGUGCAUGUCGACUUGACUUUCUUCUUCUGCUAGAGUUAUAGGUUUUACGACGAAACGCCAAAAUUUGGAAUGAUCGAAUCAUUUAGACAGCAGCGUUAAGUAUUUUUAGUAAUGACUUUAGUACAUCCGUUUUGGAACUGUAUUUUGCUGCAGUCUUGAAUCUGUAGAGUUUGUGAAAAAACAAAAAAAAAACAAAAUACGAAAAAAAGUAAAAAACAAAAAAACUACAAGCGUAGUCGGAAAAAAGUGUUGUCGAUAAUGUUCUUGAGCGAGAUUACAAGUGAGAACAAAGAGAAAAAAUUGAAACAGAAGCUUGUUUGAGCUGUGUUGACAGACGAUGGAUAUUGUAACAAUCACAAAGUUUAAGCAAGCUUAAUGCUUAUAGCAGGAAGCGAUAACAUUAACUCAAAGCGAGAAAUUGACACGUACAUACUUUUAAUUAGAAAAAACACUGAAUAUUUUCUUCCAUGAAAAUAAAACAUAAGAAGCACAAGAUUUUUUGUCGCUGCGCUUCAACAAAUGUGAAGCAUUAGUCAGUAAAAUCGCGAGUUCGAAGACGAGAGAGAGUAUUAGUAGUGUAAAUAAAAUAAGCUUAUGUACAUUGUAAAUCAGUAAGAAAGAAUGCCGCUGCCAAGGCGCGACGGUAAACUUAUAAAUGUCGAUGCUACGAGUGCACCAACUAUUCUCCUCGUAUGCUCAUCCGAAAAUAACUAUUAUUACUUAUAUAUUAUUAUUCUUCUAUUAGUCUUACAGUUUUUUUUCCUCUCUUUUUUACAGGGGUAAUUACGUUUUUUUUCCAGUUUGAACGAAGUAUUAUUUAAUUUUCAUUUUUAUUUGUCAUUCCUGUAAGAAGCAAAUGUUUUUCUUUUGCUUUCGAGAUUUUCGAAAAGAAAUUUUCAAAUUAGAAGAUUUUUUGAUUAGAUGAAGCUUAAAAGGUAUUCUGUAAAUCCCAGUGGUGUUUGUAAGAUUAAUGUUGAUACACGUUAUCGGCAUGUUAAUAAAUUUCAAUAUUUGUUUUUGUUAAGUAUAUGUGGUUUGAGAACAAUUUUUAUUAACGAGAACUGAUUUGGAGCGCAAAUUAUUUCAUAUUUGUUAUCUAAUCGUUACAAAACUGAAAUAUAUCUAAAGCAAAAUCAUUCAAUAUUAAUAAUGAAUUUUCUAAAUAAACCACUAGAAUAUGCCGAACUUAAUUUCUUUUAAUAUACUUUUUCUUAUAUUUUUCUGUGAUUAUUUCGAUGUUCUUUUCGCAGUAUCUUCCAUGUAUUAAAAAGAUUUCAACAACGCUGUAAAUUGGAAUCGAUGAAAAUAAAAAAACUAUCCUUAAUGUUUAUGAAAGCAGAAAGUAAAUUUUCCAUAUUUUUAUUGACAAAAUUGGUUGGUGCAGCCCGUAAUUAUAAUAACAAUGUGUAAAUAUAGUUAUAAUGAUUGUUAUAUAGCAAAAUGGAUGGUGUUACACACAUUUUCUCUGUAUUUAAAAAAUAUAUAAAACUUGUAUUAUUAUAUGAUGGUAUGGUGCGUAUUUUAAGAGAGGCCAUUGUGAGUAUACACGAUAAAAGAUUUUUCACCAAAUAAACCGAAUGUAUACAAUUUGAUACAGGCACACUCUGUCGUUCACGAUUUCUGUUCAUAUUCAAACUUUUGCAUUGCAUGUGAGAUGAGUUCACCAAUCUAUUUUGAAAAAGAACGUUGUAAACAAUAUAUGUAAGUUUAAAUGUAAACUAGAAAUCGUGAUGCUCUUUAUAUUAAUUGUCGCAUUUCGCGAUUACUUCCAGAUCUUUUGUGAGUAUUGAGUGAAAAAAAAACAUUUUAAACUUACCGAUCAUUCAAUUAUUAGAUGAAAACAGUAAUUGUAAAAAAUAGUAAUAACCCGCUUUUCCUAAAUAAAUAUUGAUAAAAAUUAAAUCUGGCUUAAAAUACUUUAGCAAGAAAAUUGACACGGAGUCUGAUAGUUGAAGCUGAUUCUUCAAUAUUAAUGAAUGUGACAUAGUAGCUAACAAAUAUACAAAGGAAUUUAAAAACUGUUUUGAGAUAACCGUGAGUUCGAAAAAUAUAUUGAAAAAUAUCUCUGAUUGAACGUCAUCGAAAUGCUAAAGUACUGCCAAUCGACUGACUGGAUAGUACACAAUUUGUUUUAUAUUUUGACUGUUCCUCGUCAUUAUUUUUAAAGUAUCUUUUGUAAUACAAAAUAUAGCAACGAAAUUGAAAACUUAGCAAUUAGAUAAAAUUAUAGUCGAUUUACUAGCAGUCGAGUGUCAAAACUUAAUCUUGUAUUUAAAUAUCGGCCACUAGACCGGAAGCUUUUAAUGUACGUUUUGCAGUCCUAGACGAUUAUAAAGCUGUUUGAAGUGUCAAAAUAUAAGUUACAAAGUAGCUGAAGGAACAAACGAAAGGCGACAAAGUUACGAAAUUAUUGGUACACUCGUGUUUGUAAGUAUGCGUGUAAACGAGUCCAAAAUGUACAGUGGUUUUUUAGUAAUAAAGACGUCGCGCAGUAACUCGCGUAUUUAUAUAUAAUAUACAAAUUUCACUGUAGAUAAGAUGGAGUUCUUUUUUAAUUUAUUUGAAAAUAAAGCGACAGAUUUGGUGGCUCCCUUGACUCCGCUAAAUAAUCGAGUGAGCAUGGAACGAUUCCUCUUUUUUGUAUAUUUUUUUGUAAAAAAACUGACAAGAAAAAGGUGAGCACGAUCAGAAUGGAAUCUUGUAUUUCUCCUUUCUCGCUAUGUAAUGCUAUUUAGCGCAACGUCAGUUCUCGAAUGAUACAUCCUAACGUGGAAAACUAUUUGGACAUGAAAAUUUUUGUCUCCGAAUGAAAAAGUCUGAUAAAGAUUUAUGAUAAGACACAAAGGAAAUAAACUUUGGUCGUUCAAUUUCUAAAUUAGCGUUUCUUUCCAGCUAGUUUCUACAUUUGUAUGUUUUACAGAUUCACCAGGACUUUUUGUACAUACUUUAAAUAAAUUAACUCAUUGUCAAAUAUAUUUCAGAUAUUAAUUAAUGUUUGUGAUAUUUUACAACAAUGUAAUAAUACCUAGUAUUACCGAUGGUAUUACAACCUUUACUGCUAUUUAAAUAAACAAAAGAAGCGAUUUAUAAUGCAUUACGAGUACGUACAAAUUACAAAAUAUCUUUGGUUGAUCACUGUACGAUUCACUUGCGUUAAUCAUUCAUCACUAUCUAACUUUGUGAAAAAAGGUGCGAACUUCCAUGUGUUAAUAAUAACUUGAAAAUUAAAACAAUGUUGAAUCUUAUUUUUAACACCUUAUUCCCGCUUUGCUCAAUUCGAUGCGCAAUUAUCGUUUCCAAAUUCAAGCUAUUUUUGAAAAUGGUGUUCUGACAAAGCGGCUUUUAUUUUGCAUACAAGCUUUUGAUCGCGCGCGUACAUACAUAAAACAAAUACGGUGACAGACGUAGCUUUGUUUUGCAGAAGGUCAUCUAGAAAACCGGGAAGCGGAACAGUUGAUACUUUCUCCGACGUAAUGUUAGCUAAGAGAUAGGAGUAAUCCAUCGCGUGGUAUCUUGCCAAUUAUCACAUCGAGCGGAAAUGUAUGUAUAUUUUCGACAAAGUACUUUCCAAUGUUCAGUUUCGUUACUUUGACAUUCGUAGUUUCUGCAUUUGUCGCACGAGUACUCAAGCCGGCCGUUACGUUUUUCGUUCGACGUUGUCACGAUUGAAAGUCGACGCGCGACUGCUUGUCCCGUGAACUUGCCAAACAAGCGAAAGCUCGAGAGGUCUGUCUUACGCGUGCGCGGUCCAGUCAGUCGGCGCCAGCGCGAUACGGGACGAUGUCUAUGGAAAUGUUGACUUUAACAAAUAUUAAAAAUAUAGCCUUUACGAGAAUGACGAUAUCGAUAUUAAAUCCGUUGCAAUCGUAUUGAUUGACGGGUGAUGUAGAAUUUCACCCGU